UCUCUAUAGUAGUAUACCAUUAACAUUUUUCACUUCAUCUCUCUCUUUCUCUGAUCUGAUUUGAAUAUAUCAUUUGGAAAAUAUGAGGCGGAAAUGUAACUUGGAACUCUGCCUUUUUCCUACCAAUCACCCCAUGCUACAAGAAGAAGAAGAAGAAGAAGAAGAGAGUGAACCGAGUCCAAUGGAAAAUCAGCAACAGGCGUCACUGACCAUUUUCUAUGAUGGCAAGAUGUGUGUUACUACUGAUGUCACAGAGUUUCAGGCCAAAUCCAUCUUAAUGCUAGCAAAUAAAAAGGAACAAGAAAAAGUGAAGACACCAACAGGGUCAGUGCCAACAACACCAACAAUUGUAGAAUCUCCUCAUCAAUUGUAUAGCCCUGGACCUGGUCUUUCAAUGAAGAGAUCUUUGCAACGUUUUCUACAGAAAAGAAAGAAUCGGAUCCAAGAAACAUCUCCAUAUAAUCACUAGCAAAAUCAAAUUAAUUUUUCCUUUUUUACUAUAGUAUAGCCUAUUUUGUAGUUAGGAUCAGUUAUUUUCUUCUCAUUUUUUAGUUAAAUAUUGUUAAUUUGAAAUAUCAGCUUCCAAAUUUUUAUCCAAUCAA